CCCCUCCACCCCCCUUAGCGGGAGAAAGCGAGAGCUUAGGGGAAGUCGCGUAAACGCAUGGGGCGAGGGCAAAAAGUUAGGAACGGAGGGGAUGGUUUUUUUUUUUUGUUAUCUCUGUCUCCAUGCCCUCGCGCGACUCCUGCUUGCCUGAAAGGAAACGGAAAAGACUGCUACGCAGGCUAGUGGGGUCAUGUCAGAAGUCAGCGGUAUAGAAAAGUUGAGAAGCCGCGAGAAGUCUGGAGAGAAAGAUCUCUGGGGAACUCGUUGAAGCUUUCCUGUAUCUUUUACCUUGUACUUCAUUAGGAAGCCUGCUCUCAAGCUAAGCGAGAAUUUGGCUCAAUUCAGGGCAUUUCUAACCCGCGAUCACGCAUUCUUUUUCCCUCUUGGCCGGCAGAAUUCGAAAAAAAAGAACACCUGAUCGCAGGCUCGCGCCUGACCACACCUCCACCCCGCCUACUUUGACAGCCAAUCAUAAUACGUAUGUUAAUCGCCAAAACCGCACCAGGAGCUCACGGAAAUCAUAAAAAAAAAGCAAGAUGGCGUCGCGUGUUACGAAGUUUGGUUCGAUUUGUGUUAGUUCUUUCCGGCUUUCUGCUUUUUCAAGCACAUCAGCUAAACAACUAAAGCCGCACCUCCUGAUUCGAGGGCUUUCCACAGAUUCCGAUAUUAAGUAUGACAGCCUUGUAGUUGAACCGAUCAAGACUCCGAAGCCCAAGCCAGAUAUCAAUUCGUUAGUAUUUGGCGCAGAGUUCACAGAUCACAUGCUCAGUGUUGAAUGGACUGCUGACAGUGGUUGGGGUGAGCCAAAAGUGAUGCCAUAUCAAAACUUGUCUCUUGCUCCAUCGUGCUCAGUAUUUCAUUAUGCUUUGGAGUGUUUUGAAGGGAUGAAGGCCUACAGAGGAGAUGACGGCAAAAUCAGAUUAUUUCGACCAAUGGAGAAUAUGAGAAGGUUAAACAGAUCAGCUGACAGAGCAUGCCUUCCAGGUUUUGAUGGAGAAGAAUUCCUCAAGUGUUUAAAACACCUUAUUAGCAUUGAAAGAGAAUGGGUUCCAUAUUCUAACAAGUGCUCGCUGUACAUCAGGCCAACACUUAUAGGAAUACAGCCCACCCUUGGAGUGAACAAGUCUUCAUCUGCCCUGUUGUAUGUCAUUUUGUCGCCAGUUGGUCCAUACUUUAAGACUGGUACAUUCAGCCCUGUUGCUCUGUUGGCUGAUCCUUCCUUUGUAAGAGCCUGGCCAGGAGGCUGUGGAGACUCCAAGAUGGGAGGAAACUAUGGCCCCACCAUCCUUGCUCAGCGGCAUGCGGAAAUGCAAGGUUUGCAGCAGGUUCUGUGGUUGUACGGUGAAGAUCGUCAGAUUACAGAAGUUGGCACCAUGAACAUAUUCAUGUUUUGGAUAAAUAAGAAUGGAGAAAAGGAGCUGAUUACCCCACCCCUCAAUGGUUUAAUUCUUCCGGGAAUCACACGGAAAUCUUUGUUGGAGCUGGCUAAGAGCUGGGGAGAAUUCAAAGUGACAGAAAAGGAAUUCACUAUGGAUGACGUUAUUGAAGCUUCACAGGAAAACAGGGUUAAAGAGAUCUUCGGAGCUGGUACCGCUUGUGUAGUGUGUCCAGUGAACAGAAUUCUUUACGAGGGACAGAACAUCAUGAUUCCUACCAUGGAGAACUUAGAGAUUACAAAAAGAUUUUACGACGAGCUGACUGCAAUCCAGUAUGGUCGUACUCCGUCUCCCUGGAGCGAAAUAGUCGAUUAAAGACGAAGAAAUGCAGGCAACAAUUAGACCUUUUUAUACUGAACAAAGCAAUUCCAUUGGAACAAAACUAGUCUUAGAGCACUUCGAGUCUUAGGCCGCGAACCUUGUUUGCACAGCGAGGGAUGCAACAAGUCCGUACUUUGCUGCGGGAGUUUCAACACAAUCUUGUCGCUAAGUAAGGCCCCAUCCACACUACGCCGGAGAAAUAUGACAACCCAACAAUCACCGGAGGCAGAAAAGCUUGGGUAUGCUCAUGAGGGUUAGGGUUAAUCACAUGAUUAACAAGACGUCAUCUUUUUCGAAAACCUCCGUUUUCAAAAUGUUUUCCUUCCACACCAUACUAAAACGC